AUGGACAGUGGAGACGAGUUUUUCUUCCAUCAUUUCCUUUGUUCAUCGGACGAUUCGUCGUCGGAUGAUGAAGAUCUUGUGGUGGCUGCACUGGUCGUUCACGACCAUAUUCAACGGCAGUUUCCUCGGUACAGGGGGUCACUCCCUGGCCGUGCUCCCAACCUGAACUGCAACAGGGAGAGAGGCCACGCCCUGCUCUAUGCCGAUUACUUUGCCAACACCCCGCUCUUCAAGCCGGAUAAAUUUCGUUGCCGUUUUCGUAUGGCAAGGCAUGUGUUCAAUCGUAUCCGAGAGGGAGUGGUUGCUCAUGACCCAUACUUCGAGUGCAAGACGGAUGCCCUUGGCAAGCUUGGAUUCUCCUCUUACCAGAAAUGCACCGCGGCCAUCCACAUGCUUGCACAUGGAAUUCCAGGCGAUCUGGUGGAUGAGUAUGUGCGUAUGAGUGAGACAACAUGUCUGAUGUCAAUGUACAAGUUUUGCCAGGCUGUGAUCGAGGUGUUUGGCCCAGAGUACUUGAGGCAGCCAACUGCCGCUGAUACAGAGAGAUUGUUGGCGACCAACGCAGCUAGAGGCUUUCCAGGCAUGCUAGGCAGCAUAGAUUGUAUGCACUGGGAGUGGAAGAACUGUCCAUUUGCUUGGCAGGGCCAGUACAAGGGGCAUGUCAACGCGUGCACUGUCAUAUUAGAAGCGGUGACUUCGCAGGAUCUUUGGAUAUGGCAUUCUUUCUUCGGCAUGGCAGGUUCUCACAAUGAUAUCAACGUGCUGCAGCGUUCUCCAGUCUUCGCAAGGCUUGCAGAAGGCCACUCCCCACCUGUCAACUUUGAGAUCAACGGCCACCAGUACAACAAGGGAUACUAUCUAGCUGAUGGUAUAUAUCCUCAGUGGUUAACUUUUGUGAAGACAAUCUCAAAACCCCAAGGUGAGAAGAGAAAGAGAUUUGCCCAAAUGCAAGAGAGUGCUAGAAAGGAUGUGGAACGUGCUUUCGGUGUGCUUCAAUCCCGGUGGGGUAUCAUUCGAAACCCUACACUGUCAUGGGAUGAAAGGAAGCUUUGGGAGGUGAUGACUGCUUGUGUGAUCAUGCACAACAUGAUCGUCGAGGACGAGCGUGAUGAGAGUAUCUUCGACCAAGGAUUUGAUUAUCAAGGUGAAAAUGUUGAGCCCCUGCACCAAGGCCCGACCACAUUUGAACAAUCUGUGCAAUUCCACCGUGAGAUGCGUGAUUGGCACAGUCAUUUGAAUCUUCAAAAUGACUUGGUUGAGCACGUGUGGGAUCACAUUGGCAACCAAUAG